AUGAGGCCAAACUACAAUAAAAGAAAGAGAACUAAUGCUAAGGCGUCCCCCUCAAGCGACGGGUACUAUGGAUAUGCUGCAAAUGCUAGGGCGUCCCGCAGAAGCGACGAAAACGCGGAUCACCGACUCGCUGUACCACUGUUCGAAUUACGCAUAGCUACUUGGAACAUUGGUACAAUGACAGGACGCAGUGCCGAACUAAGUGCAAUUUUAGAACGAUGUCGCAUAAACCUAUGCUGUGUGCAGGAAACAAAGUGGAAGGGCGCCAAAUCACGGCAAAUCGGAAAAGGUUUCAAACUCAUUUACAACGGUAUAGUAAACACCAAGAAUGGUGUUGGAAUAGUAUUAGACAAACACCUUAGUGAGAUCAUUGUAGAAAUCAAUAGAAUUAGUGACCGCAUCAUGUCCGCGAAGAUCGCAUUAGAAAAACAACCAUGCCUUAACGUCCUAUCUGUCUAUGCACCACAAGUUACCAAAAAGCCGAAAAACAGCAAUUCUGGGAAGACCUCCACGAUCUGUUAA